GAGUAUGGGAGUAUAGUAUAGUUUGAAUCAGUCUAAAGACUUGACUUUUCCGACUUGGCAAGUCCACGCAGGAGUUUACAGUGACGGAGCCAUCCUCACUUCAUUUUCCAAGGACCAAUAAUUCCUCCCACCUCAUCCUGCAAAUCCUACACCAGCUUUAAACCGAUCAUCUCCAUCGAUGUAGGAGUAAUCUGCGUGUUUUGGGCGGUACUCCGCCUUACAGCCCCACAGAUUACAUCCUGAUCAUUUGCGGAUCAUCCUCAAACGCAAACUCUACCGAUGGCCGGAACUGGUACGGCGACGCCGGCUCAAAAUUCACCCCUAAAGACAUGGCGAAUAUAUCAUCAGCUGUCACAGCCCCCGAGCAAGGCCCUUCGGUACCUUAUUUAACUGCCCGUAUCAUUCGUUCUAAUUUCUCCUAUACCUUCCCUGUCUCCCCCGGCAAAAAGUUCGUCCGCCUUUACUUCUACCCGGCCUCCUACUCCAGCGACUUCAACGCAACUGAAUCUUUCUUCUCUGUCAUGGCUAAUAACUACACCCUUCUGAGCAACUUUAGCGCAUUUUUAACAGUUCCUGCCAGGGACAAUUCACCUGCCUACGUCGUUAAAGAAUUCAUCGUUAAUGUUCAGGCUAUGAAUCAAUUCCUCAACGUUACCUUUUUGCCCUCUACGCAGUCCUACGCGUUCAUUAAUGGAAUUGAAGUUGUUUCAACCCCGGACGGACUCUACAUGGGCAACUAUGAUUUGUCCAGUAAUUCCCUCAAAGACGUGGAUGAUCCCAACAAUCAGUUCGAGUUAAAUCAGAACGACACUGCCUUCGAAGCUCUUUACAGGCUUAACGUCGGAGGACAAGCUGUUUCUCCGUUAGAUGAUAGUGGGAUGUUCCGAGGGUGGGCUUCCGAUGACAACUUCAUCUGGGGCGCAGAUCCAGGGAAUCCAUUGAGCAAUAAUCAAAUUGCUGUCAAGUACACUCCGCAAACCCCAAAUUACACUGCACCAGCGAUAGUUUAUGCUACCGCAAGGGCGAUGGGCAACUUUAGCACCCGCUUCAACUUGAGCUGGAUGUUCUCUGUUGAUUCUGGAUUUGAUUAUCUCCUGAGGUUGCAUUUUUGCGAGAUUAACCCUGAUUUGAUUACACAAGAGAACCAACGGGUGUUCAGGAUAUUCAUCAGUAACAAAACAGCUGAGGAAGAGGCUGAUAUUAUAACUUGGACCGGCGGCCCCGGAAUCCCGGUUUUCAGAGACUACGUCGUGUUCGUUCCACACCCACCGGGUGGUCGGCCCAGCAAGCAAGGCUUGUUUCUUGCUCUGCACCCAAAUCUCGACGUCAAGCCGAAGUAUGCUGAUGCAAUCUUGAAUGGUUUAGAAUUAUUCAAAUUGAGCAACAGCGAUGGCAGUCUUGCCGGGACCAAUCCUGAUCCGGCGGCGGGUCCCAAUUCCCUGAUGCCAAACAGCAAGUCACCGAAAAAGGGGAGAGGUGUAAAAUCUCGGGUACUUUUUCCUAUCGUGGGAGGGGUGGUCGGAGGUGCUGCCUUGGUUUUGGUCAUCGGUUUCUUGAUUUCCCGGCGGCUAAGGAGACGGGUAAAAGAUUUUGACCAGAAAAGUGCUUCAAAGUCAUCCUGGGUCGAACUUUCAACCACGUCCAGGUCAUCAAAGGCAAAAAGUGCAUCAAGGUCUUCGUCACUGCCGCUGGAUCUUUGCCGAAGAUUUUCCCUGGAGGAGAUCAUCUUUGCUACGGCCAACUUCGAUGCUAAGUUUGUGAUCGGAACCGGAGGAUUCGGAAACGUGUACAAAGGGUACAUCGACAAUAGUCUAACCACAGUUGCUAUUAAGCGAUUAAAUCCUUCGUCAAGUCAAGGGGUCCGCGAAUUUCGAACCGAGAUCGAGAUGCUGUCGAAUCUAAGGCAUCUUCAUCUGGUAUCCCUGAUAGGUUACUGUGAUGAGAAGGGAGAGAUGAUCUUGGUUUAUGAUUACAUGGCCAAUGGCACCCUCCGCGACCACCUCUACAAAACAGAUAAUCCACCCCUCCCGUGGAAGCAACGGCUUCAGAUUUGCAUCGGCGCAGCCAGAGGGUUGCAUUAUCUCCACACCGGCGCCAAGCACAAUAUCAUCCACCGGGACGUCAAGUCAACCAACAUAUUACUGGACGAGAAAUGGGUGGCCAAGGUUUCUGAUUUCGGUCUGUCCAAGCUAGGCCCCAGCGGUGGAAUCCACAGCCAUGUCAGCACGCAGGUGAAGGGGAGUUUCGGCUACGUAGAUCCCGAGUAUUACAAGAGACAGCAGUUGACGGACAAGUCGGACGUGUACUCGUUCGGGGUGGUUUUGCUCGAAGUGCUGUGUGGGCGGGGAGCCAUUAUUCCCAACUUGCCCAAGGAGCAGGUGAAUUUGGCGGAGUGGGGCAAGAGGUAUUACGCUAAAGGGAUCAUCCAUCAAACUGUAGACCCUCACAUGAAGGGCGAGAUUGCUCCCGAGUGUUUGAGGAGUUUUGCUGAAACGGCGAUCAACUGUUUGAAAGAUCAGGGGAUUGAACGACCCGGAAUGAAUGAUGUAGUCUGGAGCCUCGAAUUCGCGUUGCAGCUUCAGGAGGCGGCUGAAAAUGAGAGUGGUCGACGUCCAUUUGCUUUCCGUAUGCAUGGGUUGGGAAGAGAUGAGCAAACUACGACUGAGGAUGACGAGGAUGUGUUCUCAGACUCGGGAGUUGAGAAAGAUUCUGCCGCCAUGAUGAAGAGCCGUAGUAUUACGACCGGGACAUUCACGGCCAGUAGUGACAUGUUAAAGUCUGAUAAUGUUUUCUCCGAGAUCAUGAAUCCCACCGGCAGGUGAGGAUUUUAAUCUACAGAUAAAACCUCCAAAAAUGUACGUGGGAUAUUCAUGUCUUAGGAGUCUAGCGUGCUAUGUCCUUGUGCUAUUUUUUUUUUUUUUUUGUCUGUAUUGGGCAACCUAUUUGUAAUGUCAAUAUAGUAUAUUUUUGGAAAUGUAAUAUUAAUUAAGGAAAGUAAAUAAAUAUUGGGAGUGUUUUUGAAAA